AUGGGUAUUGAUCCAGUGACUCACAAGCCCAAGAGCCAAGCCCUCUACUCAGGACAGCUUAAAGACGCCGCCAACGUCAGCCACAUGGCUCAGUGGGAGGGUGCCCGGCUCGAAGCCGAAGCCAGACUCGUCCGAGAAUCCAAACUCCACGUCACCAACCCUUUCCAAACCCAUCUCCACCACCACCACCACCUCCUCCUCAACAAAGCUCCGUCGCCGCCGUCACCACUUCCAUCUCCGCCAGUCUGUCUUGACGUACUAACAGCCUGGAAAGGGACAUGGUUAAAGUCACCGAAAGAUAACGCCGUCUCCGGCGGCCUUGAGUUGCCGACAUCCACGUUGAAUUUCGCGGAAAACCCAUUUCCGAUCAUAAACACUGGAUCGUUUCCUCACAAUUCGUUAGCGGUAAUCGAUCAACUCGUGAACAAAUUGAAUAAUUUGCCGGAGAUCAAAGAGAGAAUCUAG